AUGUCUCUAGAAGCCCCCGAGAACAAACCAGUCCUGGAGGCCUUGAGCCUCAAAGGCAAGACUGUCCUUGUUACAGGAGGCUCCCGUGGAAUUGGCCUCGAAGUUUCCCGUGGCAUGGCCGAGGCUGGGGCCAACGUAGCCAUCGCAUUCCGAUCAUCUAACAAGGCUGGGAACGAGGCUGCGGCCGAACUGAGGGAGAAGCACGGUGUCAAGUCCAUUGGCUACCAAGCAGACGUGUCCGACCCAGCUGCCAACGACGACCUUGUGGCUAAGGUAGUCAAGGACUUUGGGCGCCUGGAUGUCAUUGUGAUCAACGCGGGCAUCUCUGACUGUUUUGAUGCUAUCGACUCGAGUCCCGCCAAAUAUCGUGAGCAGUUGGCCGUAAACUUGGACGGUGCUUUCUACAGUGCCCAGGCUGCUGCCAAGGAGUUCAAGAAGCAAGGCUUUGGCAACAUCAUUUUCACAACAUCUAUCAGCGCCGUGAUCGUCAACCGCCCCCAGAACCAGUCGAUUUACAAUGUCUCCAAGGCUGGGCUUCUCCAUCUAGCCAAGAGUCUGUCCAUUGAGUGGAUUGACUUCUGCAGAAUCAACUGCAUCAGCCCCGGCUACAUCGCAACAGAGAUGGUACAGUACGAUCCAGAGGAAUGGAAGCGCCAAUGGCUUUCCGAGACACCCAGCCGCAGAUUCGGCCAGCCUUAUGAGUUAAAAGGGGCUUACGUUUUCUGCGCAUCCGAUGCAUCAAGCUUCAUGACAGGUGGUCACAUUGUGAUAGAUGGUGGAUACACGGUCGCAUAG